UCUCGCUCACACGUCGAACCAGUCUCGUCGCCAGUGUGCGCAGACGGCGGUCACAUUUAUCGCCGGUGGUGAGACCGGAGGAGCAGUUAUAAGACAGAGACCAGCCUGUCGAUCGGCAGCAUGUACACCGUAGGCGAAUGGGUCGAUCGGUCACAUGAUGAGACAUGGGCCAGCGGGGAAAGACGAUAGAGCGCGUAUAUACGUAUGUAGUCGUAGCGUGAUUAUUCGUCAAAGUGCUGUUGAUAAUGAUAUUGUGUGUGCGGCGUGGGCUCGCUUCUCAUGCAGCUCUUUGGCUGUGCCGCGCGACUUUUGUCGCCCGGAGCUUGGGGACAUUGGCGGACAGGGAAGUUGGUUAAGGUAGGCUUCGAGAUGGGUCGGCUCCAAGUGUCCGAGAUGUGGCCCUGGCCCCCCUCGGGAGUUCGCAUGUUCCUGAAAGAGGGCAGACGAUGCGGGACAAGCGGUCAGAAUCUUGAAUUAUGGUGGAUGCAGACGUAGGCGACGUGCUUCUCUGCGGCCGAAAGAAGAGAAGGAUAUUCGUUGCGUCGGGAGGAAUACGUUGCCUGUCUGGUGUCGCCGUGUCGCCGAGCCCAGCCACGAGUAAGGUCAAGCGGGUACCUCAGUCUGAGAGCAAGAGCGACGAUGCUUCUUGUACCUACCUUAUCACGACUUCACGUGGCGACAAAUGUUAUCUGGAAGGUUCCAAAGUAUCAGCGCUCGUCACUGGCUAUCCAUCACCAACGAGUCUAGGGUCUGUCCAUCUCACUAUCCGUCCGGCUUCUGCUUGUCAAGCACAUGAGUUUUCCACGGCCAUCACGCCGCCAGACCCCUGGUCUUCUCCUCCUUCUCCUCCAGAAACCCCCGCCAGAGAUCUCCGUUUAUUACCGGGUUCCAAGCAGGACAAUGACCAGGGGUACCGAGUAUCAUCUGGGUACCGCGCAGGCAUGUGGCCGACCACGCUGCACUCGCUACCAGAGUACUCCGUCCUUGACGAUGAAUGCAAGCCCGCCACUGGCGCUGCUUUUGCAAAGUUGUUUCUGGCUGGGUCUCCCUCUGGCAUUAGAUUGGCUAACUGUGGGACGUAG